ACCCAUGGGUGGAAUGUUUUUGUUUUGACGCUUUGCUUUUCUGUAGACUGAGUCUUUCCAAUUGCUGGAAAAAGGAUCUGCUGAUACUUUGCCUGGGAACACAGGAGUGUUCAGUGUGAGGACCCUGAAGAGGAAACAGAGCCCUCAGAACAACAUAGUUUUUCAGCAUACCCCAAUAUCCAAGGGCUCAGGGAAGCUGUACAAGAAGGUCUUGCUGUCCCUGUGAUCACUGAUAUUUGAGAGCCACAGGUCUCCCAUGGCUCCUUAUCACAUCCGCCAGUACCAGGAGAGGGACCACAAAAGGGCCCUGGAAUUGUUCUCCAAGGGCAUGAUGGAGCAUGUCCCUGCUGUCUUCAGCCAUAUUUUGACACUGCCCCAGACUCUCCUGACCUUACUUGGAAUACUCCUGACCAUAGUCAUGGUUUAUGGCUCCUGGCUCAUGGCCACACUGUGCUGCCUCUUUGUACUCCUUUGCCUGUGGCUCUUUGUCUGGCAUUCUUGCACAAAGUAUGUGUCUACGUGUUUGCAAGCAGACCUGGCUGACAUCACUAAGUCAUACCUGAAUGCACGUGGCUCCUUCUGGGUGGCUGAGUCUGGGGACCAGGUGGUGGGCAUCGUGGGCUGUCUGCCAGUCAAGAAUCCUCCAUUAGGGAGGAAGCAACUGCAGCUCUUUCGCCUGUCUGUGUCCUCUCAGCAUCGUGGACAGGGGAUAGCGAAAGCACUGGUCAGAACUGUCCUCCAGUUUGCACGGGACCAGGGCUACAGUGAUGUUGUCCUUGAGACCAGCAUUGUGCAGUAUAGUGCUUUGGCUCUCUACCAGGCCAUGGGCUUCCAGAAGACAG